AUGGAAGACGUGAUAACAGAAGCAGCACCACCAUCAAGACUCCUAGAAGAAGACCUAAACAACUUCACACCACCAUCUAAGCCUCUUCCUUCCCCCUUCCUCCUCUCCCCCCACACUCAACAACAACAACCCCUCAAACCAAACCUCCUCAUCAUCGCCAUCUCUUCCCCUUCUCUCUCCCUCUUCCAAUCCUUCCUCAACUCCCAAACCCUAACCGCCUCACUCAUCCUCCCAGAACUCCCUCUAUCCCAUUCCGACAACACCAUCGACAUCCACUCCAUCUCAUCAACCAUCCUCCUCGCCGCUGUUCGUUGCCCGGUCCCCGAUAACCGCGCCUACGCUAUCGCCGACGCUCUCUUAAAUAACCAGAUCCGUCCUGAUGCGGUUGUUAUACUCGAUUCCAUCCAGCCGAUGAAUCACCGCGGCUUACUCUCUUCCGACGAAGCUGUUGCGUUUAAGCUGGAGAGCUCUGCCGAAAGGAAGAAGGCGGUUGGGGAGAAAUUGUUGGGUGGAUUGGAGUAUUACCCGUCUGGUAGCGUUGUUGACGGGCUUGGUGCGGCGAUUCUUGGAAGGUGCCAGAUUCUGAACCUUAGGGCUAGCUUGUGUGUUUCUUGGCCUCACUUUGAUUCUUCUGUUGUGUUGUUGUUGAAGGAUUUGAUUCAGCCUUUGGCGGAGUUUGAUUUCGGUUUGAAUAGGGAUGAAGCUUUGAAAUUUGGGAGGAAUAGGGAUCAUGUUUUUCAAUCUCAUCUGUAUAUUUGA